AUGUUCCACGGUCCCACGCACAGCCACGGGAAGGUUAGAGAGGACGAGAAGGUGGUACGUGGUAGUGAGCGCACGGGCAUCAUGUGCGACCCGCGCCUUUCCCUUCGGACACUCCUCGUCCCCCUCCCCCGUCCUCCUCUCCGCUUUCCCCGUCCGCCAGUGCGCCAGUGGGGCAUGCCCACGGACCUGGCAGCGGUGGCGCUACUGGCGCAGGCGACUUUUGAGGCGACUCAAAAGUCACAUGGCAGCCGUGGCUCUACGGGCGCAGGUGGCGGACGACUAAGUAUUCAGAGGGGCGGGCUGCAACUGAGGGACACCGUCAACGCCGUCAUUCGCCAGCGCCGGUUCAAUGAGGCCAUCAUGUGUUUGCGUCCGCAGCGGCAGUCCUCAUCUCCUCUCAUUUCCUCCUUGUUCCGCCCUCUCUCCCGCCUCUCCCACCCUCUCCCCCCCUCUCCCGCCCUCUCCUCCCCUCUCCCCCCCUCUUCCCCCUCUCCCCCCAUCUCCCCCCCUUUCCCCCCCCUCUUCCCCUCUCUUCCCCCCACGCAGGCAGAGGCGGUUCAACGAGGCAAUAACGUGUCUGCGCCCGCAGCAGCGCUUCUCCCAGCUGCUGGAAGAAAUGAAGGGUGGCAACUUCACCGCCCACUCCCCCUCUCACUCCCUCUUCCAAUUCCCCACUUCAUCUCCCUCUCAUUCCCCUCUCCCCCCUCACUCCCCCUCUCACUCCCCCUCUUGCUCUCCCUCUCACUCUCCCUCUCAUGCCUGCUCGCCCUCCCGCCCUCGCCGCUCAAGACGCUGUGGUUGCCCUCCACUCGCAUCUCUUGUGCACACCGUACCGCCGCACGCUAG